CCAACUUCUCGCGAUAUUCAGACUCGCUACUAUGGAAACGGGGACACGAUGUAUUCACCUGCUGCAGUGCAGGGGGUUGUUUAUCCAGAACAAUUAACAAACAUUUGACUUCUACUCACUCUGAUUUACAAAACCAGAAUGGAACAAUUUCGUGGUGCGAGAGACAAAGUAACACUCGUGAAAAUAACAGUACUUCGUGGAAAUAACCUGAGGGGCAACAAGGCUGAGUGCAUCCUGAACUAUGUGAGGGCUGAGUUCAAUGGCAUCGUCCUGGGAGAUUCCCAGAAGCUGGAUGCUGCUGUGGAUCAGAGCGUGGACUACAACUUCACCUGCAGCUUUGAGUGCUCAGAUGCUGCCCACACAUUAGAUGACAUGGCACACAAACCUGUCAUAUUGACAGUGAUUGAGGUCCUUCCCAAGGAGAAGAAGCAGAAGGAGGAGAAGACUGCAGUUAUAGGGCAAGCUAUAGUGGACUUGCUACCUCUCUUGCAUGGUCAGGUCAGCUUCUUUCUCCACUGUGCUUCUUCAUCCAACUCCUGGCUCACCUGCGGAGGCAGCCUCACAGGAGGGCAGCUAUGUGACCGUUACUGUGGAGACAGCUUACUCUGUCCCGGAGGUGUGGACCCUGUCUCUGGGUCUGGUCCUCCCUCCAGCUACGUGGCUGCCCUGCAGGUUCCCCUCACUGCAGAGAAAGAGCAGGUGCUGAUGUUCUCCAAUGGGCUGCUGAAGGUGGGCGGGGAGAGUGAACCCAUGGGAAGACCCAGAAAGUGGCCCCUGGGUCCCCUGUUGGCUCCUGGAGCUCAAUUCAUACCAGGUGUCUCCAUGGAGGGAGAGCCCAUUGAGAUGGAGGAUGGGGAUCUCACCAGCAUAGAGGACAGGGAUUUCCGGAAAGAAGCGGAGACCAAUAAGAAGAGAGUGAGCUGGGACACAGAGCGUCGUUGCUUUCUGGAUGCAGAUGGUGCAGCCUGUCUGACCCAUAGGAUAGCAGAAAGCGAACUGUGGCCAGUAGAGGUCAUGAGGUCACCACAGGUUGGAGCCACUAAGGGAGGAAGGCUGGCAAAGACAAGGAAACAGGGUGAGGAUGAGACCCAACUCUCCUUCCAUGGUGUGGCAUACGUGGACAUGGCGCCCCUGUUGUACCCCGGGGCGAGGCGUGUCCGUGGGGCAUACCGGCUCUAUCCCUUCUACGACUCUGACCUACUGAUCAAGGCUAAGAGAAACAUCAGUGUUCUGAGAGAGAGUAUCAGGGCUCCGGCCACCCAGGGCCGAGGUAGGGCCCCCUCCUCCGUAGGCUCCUGCAAGGCGAUCCCUAGUAAGCUGUUUGACGGCGGUCACAAGGGCGGGAAGGACACCAAGGAAUCGCCCAAAAGGCCCGGGACACAGGGGAAGUCAGCACCCAUUGGCUCUGAUAGUGUGACGCUGGUUGAAACUGAACAGCAGCAACAAGUGAACACAGAGGGUCAGAUGUAUGCAGAUUCCAGAACCUACAUCAUCAUUGAAAUCGCUCUUGAGAAGUCACUGGUGCCAAAGAGAUCACCGGAAGAGUUAGCCAAAAGGGUGAUGGAGCUGAUACCUCCCAGAGACCCCUCUUUGCCUCGCAGACCUGCUGGAGCAGAGAGAGCUGUGCAGGAGUACCAGGCCCAGAUAGCCAGUGGCAGGCCAGUGUUGGAGCAGUACCAGCAGCUGUUUGGGCCUGCCUUCCUGCCCGGAGAGAAGCCUCUGGACCCAACCAGCCAGGAGCAGCGCAAGACCAAGCUCCUGGGAGAACUCAACUAUUCUGGGAAGUACUUUGCUUUCAAGGAGCAGAUUAAGUACUCUGUGUGUGGUGCGUAUCGUGAGGAGAAGAUGCUGCGGACCGAGGCCUUCUCAGAUCCUGAGCAGCUGCAGGCCUUCCUCAGCCAGCUCUAUGUGUUGGUGGACGAGAUGCACGUCGCCCUCAACAAGACGUUGUCAGUGGAUGCCCAGGAGACUCAGCCUCGCCCCCUGGUGGACUGUGCCCAGCUCGUCCACUUUGCCAAGGAAGCCCAGCUCAACGGAGACUACCAGCUAGCUGCCCAGUACUACCAGGAGGUAACAGAGUGCUGUAGGGCUGAGGAGUGCUUCCACUACGCUGUGUCCAUGGAGCAAACACACCUGCCCAGUUUGCUUAUGUGUGGUAUCCUGGCAGAGAUGGAUGGACGCCUUGAGGAGGCAGAGACAUUCUUUGAAGGAGCCACGUGUGUGGACCCGGCCAAUGUGGUGGCCUGGACUCUGUUUGGCCUGUUCUAUGAGGGCCAGGAGAACUCCAUCCAGACAGAGAUGGCCUUCCUGGAGGCCACCAAGCAGCAGAGGGCAGCCCUGGUGGUCACCCAACCCUGCAGGGUGGAGACAAGGGUGGACUCACCAGACCUGGGGGAGGAGGAGCAGGAGGUGGCUAACUGUGAGUCGCUAACCAUCAAGCCAGACGUGGAUGGAGACACAGAAGCCAGUGUGGUGACCGGGUCUCAGAGCUGCCAGGACAGCAAGCCUGGGGAGGGAUACAAGGGAGGUGCUGAGGCUGAACCUAGUGCCAUGCGACACCUAGCAACCCCCACCAGACUAAACACCACCAUCUAUAUGGAGACAGUGCAGUUCCUGCUGCAGAACAACGCACUACAGAUGGCCCAGAGAGCGCUGGCCCAGGAGCUCUUGUGUCCAGAGGGGGGUCUGAGCAGCUCCUACCACCUGGCCCUGGCCCGCCUGCAGCUGCUCAGGGCAGAGUACGGCAGCGCCGAGUCCAGCCUGAAGGAGGCACUCAACGACAGCUUUCAGGACCCAGAUGUAUGGGCGUUUUGGCACAUACACCACCUGACUGGGGAGUUUGGGAAGGCCCAGGAGUGUUACGAGAGGACCCUGGACUUUGUGACGGAUGCCACACACACACACCCCAUCUACCUGCGCCUGGGAUCCAUCUACCUGCAGGAAGGGGAGUUUCAGAGGGCGAAAACUACUUACCUGCGCGCCUGCAAGAUCCCUCCCUGCCUCACCUGGCUGGGACUAGGGAUCGCCUGUUACGCGCUAGGGGAGCUGACUGAAGCAGAGGAUGCACUGACAGAGGCCAACAUCCUGAACAACGGGAACGCGGAGGUGUGGGGUUACCUGUCUCUAGUUUGUUUGCAGACGGGCCRAAGACUUGAGGCAGAGCAGUCCUACAAAUACGCCCUGAAGUUGAACUUCCAGAAAGAGGCAGUUCUUCGUGAGAUCAAGGCACUCCAAGAUCAUGUUGGCUUUGGAAAUCCAUGUUUCUGAAGAACAACUGCCGGCACCAUCAAGGAUUUAGAUUAAAAAACAAAGAUGAAUUGUAAUUCUGGUUGGUAAAUACCUAAUGGUUGGCAUCGCAAAGUGACUGAAUUGUGGAAGGAAUUACACAUCAAUGACUUGUACACUUGCCUCCAUCUUCAGCUAUAUCUGAUUAAAAGAUGUUACUUUUG